ACGUUUAAUAAUAAUAUAUUAUAGUGUUGUGUGCAAUCCAUUUGCGUCCGUUAUUAAUCGUCGGUAAUGAUUAAUGCAUGCAUAUUAAAUCGAUAUAUAAAAUUUUAAUAGUGUUCUGUAGUCGUUUACGGUGCCAGUCGUYACCGAGAGCUGCACAAGGAGGAUUUAGUGCGCUACAAAGGCCCCGAGAUGGGAGACGCCAAGUAUGAUAAUCAUGAAAACAGACUGAUGUUCAGUUUACAACAAAUGAUGAACUCUGAACAUUUCGCAGACGUUGUUAUAUGCUGCGCCGACGGAUACAAAUUAAGAGCCCACAAAGUCGUACUAGCGUACUGCAGUUCGUAUUUGCAAACACUGUUUCUCAGCCAUCCUGGACCGGACGACAGCGUUACGAUCAUCCUGCAGGACGUCGGCCACGAGGAUAUGAGUCGCGUCCUGGAGUUCGUGUACACUGGCUCGGCCGUCGUCCCGGGAAACAAUAUGGACGGUUUCGUGACAGCUGCGGGCGCGCUGGGCAUCGGACCGUUACUGGACCCGCGACGGCACUUGGAAAUGUCCACAGUCCAGCCAAAAGCUCCUUGCCACCCAUGCUCUCUACCCACAGUCAUGGAUGACCCGACGCCCCUGACGACGACCCCACCGCAACAGCAGCAGCACCCUUAUUGCAGGGUCCGUCAGCCACCCAGGACCAGAGGAAUUUUGACACCGUCGCCUUGGGCCCAGAAUUGCCGACCACCGUGUGCCACUCCAAGAUACUCAGCUCCGAAGACCGUACAAAAUGACCCCCCGGCGAUACCGGUACACCCGCCGACCACAACCGCGGUUCAGGUUACGGAAAUCCAAAAAGGAUCGCUUCCUAUUCCGCUGCCGCCAACGCCGCCGGAAGAGCCAACAUUUGUUUCUGUACCCCCGUCACCGUCAACUGACAGUGACAGAGACACGAACCAAAAAUUAAAAGUUACCAGUGAUGCUAACAAUAAUGGGAUCCCGGAGAAAGACCGAAACGCGAAUCAAACGAAAAAUCAUGUUUGUCAAGAAUGUGGCAAGACUUUCGUAACCAAGGCGUCUCUCAAGAUCCACCAGAGGACCCACACGGGCGAGAAACCGUUUGUGUGCGAGUCGUGCGGCAAGCAGUUUAGCCAACUGCGCAACUACAAGUAUCACAGGUCCGUACACGAGGGCACCAGAGAGUUCUCUGGCAGCUGUCCGGAGUGCGGUAAGCUGUUCAACGACCGCGGUUACCUGAGCUCGCACAUGAAGAUCCACCGGAACCGGAAGGAGUACGAGUGCGAGUAUUGCACGAAGAGCUUCAAUCAGCGGGUAGCGUACAACAUGCACGUGCGCAUACACACGGGCGAAAAGCCGCACAGUUGUCACCACUGCGGCAAGUCGUUUACCAGGAAAAUGUUGCUCAAACAGCACCUGCGCAUACAUACCGGUGAGAAACCGUUCUCGUGCGCAGUGUGCCACAAGCCGUUCGCCGACCGGUCAAACAUGACGCUGCACAUGCGACUGCACUCGGGCGUCAAGCCGUACGCAUGUGCGGUGUGCGCCAAGUCGUUCACCAAGAAACACCACUUGAAGACGCACAUGAACUACCACACGGGCGUCAAACCGUACUCGUGCGACAAGUGCGGGCUGAGCUUCAGCCAGAGUAGCAACAUGAGGACGCACCUGAAAAAGUGCAGUGCCGUCGCGAUACCGUCGCCUCAUCUGCAGUCGCAGUCACCACUCGACGCCACAGUGGCUGCACCGGCCGCACAGCACGACUGAACGAGUAGGACGCGACCCCGCCAGGUGACGACGUCUCUUGCGUUUCUUCGCAAAUCGAAACGGUUUUUCAUAUCAUACACUUUCCGAUUCGGAUUUCUUCCUCUUACUACGCUCGCGACGGAAUUGUCCACAAACUUAUCCGUCGCUUUGUAGCUAUAUUAUAAACGUUAGGUUGUGUAAUUAAUAUAAAUAAUUUAUAAUUUUGUUUAAUAUAUAUUUAAUAUACAAAUAUGAUUUUUGUUCUAUCGGAACUUUUAGAAACAGACGAAAUUGAUUUUGAGUAUUUUACCAUCAUUUUAAACGCCACGUGAUGGUCCUAUCGAACAACCAAAAGUGUGUAACCUAUAGAGUUCCGAACGGUGUGAAUAGUGAUUAUAAAAUAUUAUCAUAUUAGUCACAGUGUGCUAACACAUAUAUCAUUAUGUCCGGUUGCAGGAACCUAUAAUAAUUAUGUGAUUGGUUUUUGUGUGUGUCGCAAUUUUCACGAGUUUGCUCCCAACUUUCUAUGCGACGACGGACGAUCGAUAAGUGAUUGACACGGUCGAGUGAAAUAAUACGCAUAAUGAUGCGAUAUUAGUAACGGCCAGUCUUGAAAUGGUCCAAUGAUGACGUGCUCGGAAUCGUCAAUUGAGGGCAAGGGUUGAAACGGAAAAUUCGUAUAUUAUAACUGUACGACAUGAACAAUUAGGUCAACGCGUCGUAAUAUAUAUUAUUAUCAAAUUCAUAAUAAUAUUUACUAAGACAUGUUUGUAAAUAAUUAUCAGUAAAAAU